GGCUGACAUGACUUUGUUUAACUUUAUUUGUAUUUGUGGCUGGAGUUUUUACAGCCAAUAGGUCAAACUAUCAGUCAGUGUAGGGCCCUGAGAAGUUGGGUAUUUAUGGAACAUCUAAUACGCACAGAAUUGUGCUCCAUACUGCUUAAACUGUUCCCUAAGUGUCCAAUUUGGAGAAGACACCCACAUACAGGAUAACUGGCGAGUGACGCGGAGUGGCUGCGAGUCCAAGUUAUCACUAACGGAUGGGGAGCUUGGGCUGGGCACAGUCCAGCGUACUGAACCCUUCCCCCACCGUUUCACCUACAUCCAGAGGUGUGUACUGUCAGAAAGCAGCGCCUCCAAGUCUCUUCUGACACUGUCUGGACUCCGAUCCGAGGCAGACGAGGAAGCUGAGAAAACCCUGGCGUUGACCCCGUGGAACUGGGCGCCCCGGGAAGGCCAGCGCUGGGUCCAGGCAGGCGGGGCCUGUGCGGUGACCACCCUGGUCCUGAAAAGUCCCAGCCCCGAGCGCCCUCCCUCCUAGACCUGGAGGCCUGGAACAGCUAGGUGGACGUCGGCCCUCUUGCUGCGGAAGACAAAGCCUUUCUCUUCUUUCCUUCGUAUUUUCCUACCACCUCCCACCCCACUCCCGCCUUCGGGGCAAAGGCAGCCAGAUCCACCCAGGACACAUUCUUUGUCCUUAUCCCUCUGUGCUCGUCCCACAGCAAGCCAGUCGCGGUCCAAGGCUCCAGAGGCUGCGCAGGAGGCCGAGCUGGGUGGCGAUCAGCGGCGUGUCCCUGUCCAAAAUCCAGCAGAGCCGCCAGGGACGCCCCAAACACAGAAGGCGGGGCGCGGGGAGGGUGGGGAAACCACAGCAGUAAGGCGCGCGAGCCGGGAAGUGAACGAGGACUGAUUCCUGUCGCUUCCCGUAGCCGCCCACGGACGCCAGAGCCGGGAACCCUGACGGCACCUAGCGGCUGACAACCAACCUGCUCCGUGGAGCGCCUGAAACACCAGUCUUUGGGGCCAGUGCCUCAGUUUCAAUCCAGGUAACCUUUAAAUGAAACUUGCCUAAAAUCUUAGGUCAUACACAGAAGAGACUCCAAUUGACAAGAAGCUGGAAAAGAAUGAUGUUGUCGUUAAACAACCUACAGAAUAUCAUCUAUAACCCGGUAAUCCCGUAUGUUGGCACCAUUCCUGAUCAGCUGGAUCCUGGAACUUUGAUUGUAAUACGUGGGCAUGUUCCUAGUGACGCGGACAGAUUCCAGGUGGAUCUGCAGAAUGGCAGUAGCGUGAAACCUCGAGCCGAUGUGGCCUUUCAUUUCAAUCCUCGUUUCAAAAGGGCCGGCUGCAUUGUUUGCAAUACUUUGAUAAAUGAAAAAUGGGGACGGGAAGAGAUCACCUAUGACACGCCUUUCAAAAGAGAAAAGUCUUUUGAGAUCGUGAUGAUGGUGCUGAAGGACAAAUUCCAGGUGGCUGUGAAUGGAAAACAUACUCUGCUCUAUGGCCACAGGAUCGGCCCAGAGAAAAUAGACACUCUGGGCAUUUAUGGCAAAGUGAAUAUUCACUCAAUUGGUUUCAGCUUCAGCUCGGAUUUACAGAGUACCCAAGCAUCUAGUCUGGAACUGACAGAGAUAAGUAGAGAAAAUGUUCCAAAGUCUGGCACGCCCCAGCUUAGCCUGCCAUUUGCUGCAAGGUUGAACACCCCCAUGGGCCCGGGACGAACUGUCGUCGUUAAAGGAGAAGUGAAUGCAAAUGCCAAAAGCUUUAAUGUUGACCUACUAGCAGGAAAAUCAAAGGAUAUUGCUCUACACUUGAACCCACGCCUGAAUAUUAAAGCAUUUGUAAGAAAUUCUUUUCUUCAGGAGUCCUGGGGAGAAGAAGAGAGAAAUAUUACCUCUUUCCCAUUUAGUCCUGGGAUGUACUUUGAGAUGAUAAUUUAUUGUGAUGUUAGAGAAUUCAAGGUUGCAGUAAAUGGCGUACACAGCCUGGAGUACAAACACAGAUUUAAAGAGCUCAGCAGUAUUGACACGCUGGAAAUUAAUGGAGACAUCCACUUGCUGGAAGUAAGGAGCUGGUAGCCUACCUACACAGCUGCUACAAAAACCGAAAUACAGAAUGGCUUCUGUGAUACUGGCCUUGCCGAAACCCAUCUCACUGUCAUUCUAUUGUUUAUAUUGUUAAAAUGAACUUGUGCACCGUUAGGUCCUACUGGGCGUUCUCAGUCCUCGCCAUGAAGUAUGGCAGUGUCUAGCACUGAAUGGGGAAACUGGGGGCAGCAACACUUAUAGCCAGUUAAAGCCACUCUGCCCUCUCUCCUACUUUGGCUGACUCUUUAAGAAUCCCAUUCAACAAGUAUUUAUGGAGUACCUACUAUAAUACAGUAGCUAACAUGUAUUGAGCACAGAUUUUUUUUUGGUAAAACUGUGCGCGAGGAGCUGGGUUAUAUACUUGGUGAAACAAACCAGUAUGUUCCUUGUUCUCUUGAGCUUCGACUCUUCUGUGCUCUAUCGCUGUGCACUGCUUUUUCUACAGGCAUUACAUCAACUCCUAAGGGGUCCUCUGGGAUUAGUUAUGCAGCUAUUAAAUCACCCGAAGACACUAAUUUAUAGAAGACACAACUCCUGCCCCAGUGAUCACUCUCAUAACCAGUGCUCUAUCGUAUCCCAUCAUUGAGGACUGAUGUUGACUUACAUCAUUUUCUUUAUCGUAAUAAACAUGUGGCUCAGCUGCAAGCUUUACCAAGUAAUUGGCAUGACACUUGAGCACAGAAAUUAAGGCAAAAAACCAAAGCAAAACAAAUACAUGGUGCUAAAAUUAACUUGAUGUCAAGCCCAAGGCAGCUGAUUUCUGUGUAUUUGAACUUAGGGCGAAUCAGAGUCUACACAGACGCCUACAGAAAGUUUCAGGAAGAGGCAAGAUGCAUCCAAUUUGAAAGAUAUUUAUGGGCAACAAAGUAAGGUCAGGAUUAGACUUCAGGGAUUCAUAAGGCAGGCACUAUCAGAAAGUAUACGUCAACUAAGGGACCCACAAAGCAGGCAGAGGUAAUGCAGAAAUCUGUUUUGUUUCCAUGAAAUCACCACUCAAGGCCUCUGUUCUUCAAAAGAUUAUUAUCCAUCAUCAUUAGCAACUGAGAUCAAAGCACUCUUCCGCUUUACGUGAUUAAAAUCAAACCUGUAUCAGCAAGUUAAA